ACGAAUCCUAUUUAAAAUCUCACUCUCUUCGCUGUAAAUUCGUCACCUACAGCUAAUAUAAAAAACACUUAUAUAUAUCACAUUCUGUUCUUCUGUCUUUUGCUUAUACAACUGAUUUCCUCUUCUCAUAUUUGACAUUAUACAUAAAUUUUCAUCAAAUAAAUAUAAAUCAGAGGAAUUAGUCUCAAGAUGGAAGCAGAAGAUGGUGGCAGUAAUAAUAAUGUGAAUGUGAAUUCGAGUGAUGAUCGUAUGGAAAUCACGUUGGCUGCUCGUCAAAACUCGGUGGAAGUUCAUAGUAAAGCUACCAAAGAUGCUAAUGUGCAACACAGCAAGUGGACUCAGCUGGCUAAAAGGUCAACUUUUGGUUCCAUGAAGAUUAGGCAGGUUUCUGAGGAGCUGCAGCGGUUGGCUGCAUUGAGUAAAAGGCCACUAGAAAAAUAUGAUCGCGCUAAAUCAGGCGCAGUUCAUGCUUCGUCGGGGUUUAAUUUUGUAAGCAAGGGUAGUGGUGGCACCAAUUGGAUGGCCGUGGAGAACAAUUUUAAAAAACUCACUGAGAACACGAAUGGCUUGCUUCCUCGGGCACGUUUUUGGGAAUGCAUAGGUGAGAAAGUGGUGUCUAGAGAUUUUGCUGAGGGGCUUUUUGACGCGAUUGCCAAGAGAAAGAACAUAAUGGGCAACUCGAUCAACAAAGUACAGUUGAAAGAGUUUUGGGACCAGAUAUCUGAUCAGAAUUUCGAUUCCAGGCUUCAAACUUUCUUUGACAUGGUUGACAAAGAUGCAGAUGGUAGAAUCUCCAAGGAUGAAGUGAGAGAGAUUAUUACUCUUACUGCUUCUGCCAACAAGCUUUCGACUAUUAAAAACCGAGCAGAUGAAUAUGCAACACUUAUUAUGGAAGAGCUCGACACUGAGAAUCUUGGAUACAUCAUGAUUGAAAAAAUGGAGAUGCUUCUGUUGCGAGCUGAAAAUAUGGAAGCUGAAGCACCAAGCAAGCCGAGCCAGGAGAUUAAGCCGACACAUUACCAAGUAAUUUUGAGAACAUAUAAAGACUUUCAGUACUUUGUAGCGGAAAAUUGGAAAAAAGUUUGGGUUUUGGCAGUAUGGCUUGGGAUUAUGGCUGGUUUAUUUGCUUACAAGUAUGUGCAAUACAAAAACAAAGCUGCCUACCAAGUUAUGGGAGUUUGUGUUUGUUUAGCAAAGGGUGCAGCUGAGACACUUAAGUUCAACAUGGCACUGAUAUUGUUACCAGUCUGUCGAAACACUAUCACCUGGCUUAGGAAUAAAACCAGAUUAGGAGAUGCUGUUCCCUUCGACAACAACAUUAAAUUUCACCAAAUUAUAACAGUGGGGAUUGCAAUAGGGGUUGGGAUUCAUGGAUUGGCCCAUUUGACUUGUGACUUUCCUCGUCUACUUCACGCGGAUGAGGAGAAGUAUGAACUAAUGGAGCCUUUUUUUGGAAAAGAUCAGCCUCCAAACUACUGGUGGUUUGUGAAGGGUGUAGAAGGAAUAACUGGGAUUGUUAUGGUAGUGUUGAUGGCAAUAGCAUUUACGCUAGCCAGCCCGUGGUUGAGGAGCCGCAAAGUAGAACCAAAAAAUUUGAAAACUGCAAGUCCAUCCAAAAAUCCGGAUGCAAAUUCACCCAUAUAUCUGAAAGAAUUGAAAAGAGGUCUUGAGCAGAUAUUAAACAAGCUUACUGGAUUCAAUGCCUUCUGGUACUCACAUCACCUCUUUGUCAUUGUAUAUGCAUUGCUCAUUGUUCACGGUGUCAAACUUUACCUGACACAUGACUGGUACAAGAAAACGACUUGGAUGUAUUUGGCAGUUCCAAUCAUACUCUACGCCUGUGAGAGAUUCAUAAGAACCUAUAGAUCGAGCAUCAAAGCUGUUAAUAUAAAAAAGGUGGUGGUUUAUGAGAAUCUUUUAGCUCUUCAAGUGUUUAAGCCUGAGGGAUUUAAAUACAAGAGUGGGCAAUACAUGUUUGUCAACUGUGCUGCUGUUUCACCAUUUGAAUGGCAUCCUUUUUCUAUCACCUCUGCCCCUGAUGAUGAUUAUCUCAGUGUUCAUAUUCGUAGUGUUGGUGAUUGGACAGGAGAAAUGAAGGAGGUCUUCUCACAGGUCUGUCAGUCAUCACCUAGCGAGAGAAGUGGAGUUCUGACAGCCGAAUUUAUCAAAGGAACAAACAAUACACCCAAUGUUAAAGUGUCGAUUGAUGGCCCAUACGGAGCACCUGCACAAGACUAUAAAAGCUAUGAUUUGUUGUUACUGAUAGGGUCAGGUAUAGGAGCAACACCCAUGAUCAGUAUUGUAAAGGACAUAGUGAACAACAUUAAGGCAAGGGAGGAAGAAGAGAAUGCUAUUGAAGAUGGGACAGGCAAAGCUAGUGGCACUGAUAGUAAUUAUUUUAGCCCAUCUACAAAAAAAUCACCAGGGCAAUCCAGUGCCAGUGGCUUCAAAACAAGAAAAGCAUAUUUCUAUUGGGUGACACCUACCCAAGGAUCCUUUGAAUGGUUUAAAGGGGUGAUUAAUGAGGUUACUGAUGCCGACAAGAAUGGUGUCAUAGAAAUGCAUAAUCACUGCACUAGUGUGUACGAAAAAGGCAAUGCUCAGUCCGCUCUAAUCGCCAUGCUUCAGUCCAUUUACUAUGAUAAGCAUGGAGUCGAUGUUGUCACGGGUACUCGGGUCAAGUCUCACUUUGCCAGGCCUAAUUGGAAAAAGGUCUACAAGGACAUUGCUGACAAACACAAAGAUAGCCGAGUUGGUGUGUUUUACUGUGGGCCUCUGCCACUAGGGGAAGUCUUGAAAGAUCUAGCUGCCGAAUAUUCAAACGCAACUUCCACCAAGUUUGAUUUUCACAAAGAGAAUUUUUAAUCUGGAAUUGUAGAUAAGCGGGUUCAAAGAUGUUAUCAGAUGCUAUCAGCACUCAUCUCUCUUUCUUUAACCGCGUAUGAGUUCCUUGCACUUUCACUAAUGAAGAUCAUAAAUCAAUUCAUUGUGUGUCGAGUAAGCCAAUAUAAAGUUCUUUGUGUAUACUCUGGUAUUCUGAGUAGAUACCAGUCCUGUGGUAUGAUGUAAAACAAAACAUACUUGUAAAUUUUAUUCGAUUCUUGAA